CGUGCUUCCAGGCCUCUCACCCUGCGGAUUAGAGAGAGAGAGAGAGAGAGAGGGCGGGAAGAGGCGGCCAGUAGCCCACAGGGCUCCUAUCCAUUCAUCUCCCGUGACCGUUCCCUGUGACUGCGCUGAGAGAGAGAGAGAGAGAGAGAGAGAGGCGGACGGAAUUUUCGUCUUCCACUGCCGGAAUUUUGCUGCCCAACGCCGUCGAAUCGGACACCAACCCCUACUUCAUCGUUUGUCUGUGAAGAGAAGACUAGAAAGGGGACGUGGGAUUCCUUCCUUCGCUCCAGACGUCGCUCUCCGCUACUGUUGGAGAAGAAAAGGGCUGGGGUUUUUGGUUGUUCCGAGAAAGAAAAAAUACAGAUGCCUAUGGACGAGGGCGUGUUGGAUGACAUCAUACGUCGGCUUCUAGAUGCAAAGAACAGCAGGACCCCAAAACAGGUGCAGCUUACAGAGGCAGAAAUACGUCAGCUCUGCUUCACAUCCAAGGAGAUAUUCAUCAGCCAGCCCAAUCUCUUAGAGCUGGAAGCUCCUAUUAAGAUUUGUGGAGAUAUUCAUGGUCAAUACUCUGAUCUUCUCCGAUUGUUUGAAUAUGGUGGGUUCCCGCCAGAGGCAAACUAUCUUUUUCUGGGGGACUAUGUUGACCGUGGUAAGCAGAGCAUAGAAACGAUAUGCCUUCUCCUUGCUUACAAGAUCAAAUACCGGGAGAAUUUCUUUCUUCUCAGAGGCAACCAUGAAUGUGCUUCCAUCAAUCGUAUCUAUGGCUUCUAUGAUGAGUGCAAGAGGAGGUUUAAUGUUCGUCUCUGGAAGAUAUUUACUGAGUGCUUCAACUGUCUUCCGGUCGCUGCACUUAUUGAUGAGAAGAUCCUCUGCAUGCACGGUGGGCUGUCACCGGACUUGAAGAACUUGGAUCAAAUUCGAAGUAUUGCUCGCCCAGUGGACGUGCCUGACCAGGGCCUCCUCUGCGACCUCUUGUGGGCUGAUCCUGACAAAGAUGUUGAAGGCUGGGGUGAGAAUGACCGAGGUGUCUCCUAUACAUUUGGGGCUGACAAAGUUGCCGAGUUCCUUCAGAAGCAUGACCUUGACCUGAUCUGUCGAGCCCACCAGGUUGUUGAAGAUGGGUAUGAGUUCUUUGCAAAACGCCAGCUCGUGACCAUAUUUUCUGCUCCAAAUUAUUGUGGCGAGUUUGACAAUGCUGGUGCCAUGAUGAGCGUGGAUGAUACAUUGACAUGUUCAUUUCAAAUCCUUAAACCAUCUGAGAAGAAGGGAAAGAUCGGAUUCGGUAACAGCAUGUUGAGACCGGGAACACCUCCGAGAAAGGGUGGUAAGGGUUGAUAAAAGUGGGCUGAUAUUUACCAGACAGGCAUAGGCCUUGCAAAUGUUUCUAGACUUUGGAUUGGCUUCCUUAUGGGGGCUUUGCGGUUGGCGUGGUUAUCCUGUCAGUCAAGCUACAUUAACCCUGUGCAGUCGCAGAUGUGUGAGGCUAUAAAGCUGCUGAGAUGAUGUGCAGGAGAAGCUAUGGGGCACCAUCUUGUUGCAGAAAUCUUCACUUUCUGUGUAAAAAUAGUAAAGAAUUCUGAUUAUGGUAUCAAGGAUUGUAAUAGUGAAAGUGCUUUUCCAGUUGUGGUUGUCCUGCUUCUCUAUGGCUUUCUGUUUUUCCCAUGCUUUGACUGCACGAUGUGUUCUUCAACAAUGACUAGUAAAGACCCUUGAUUGGCGGA